UACAGCAGCUGCAACUACAACUGUGGUAUCAGGAACCACAACUGCUGCACAAUCACCAAUGACAUCAGCUGCAACUACAUCUGCACCAUCAGGAACUACAACACCUGCAACUACAGCUGCAACAUCAGGAACCACUACUGCUGCACCAUCAGCAACUACAACAGUUGCAACUACAGCAAGUUCUACAACAGCUGUAGCAUCAGGAACCACAACAGCUGCUCCAUCAGCAACUACAGCUGCAACACCAGGAACCACAACAGCUGCACCAUCUGUAACCACAACAGCUGCUCCACCAGCAACUACAACAGCUGCAACUACAGUUUCACCAUCAGCAACUACAACACCUACAUCAGCAGCAACUACAACUGUAGUAUCUGGAACCACAACUGCUGCACCACCAGGAACCACAACACCUGCACCA